AUGUAUACCGAAGGCAAAGGAAUGCGCUACACUCCUCUUGAAAAAGAUUUCUUUACUUAUAGAUUCAUACAGGGAGGAAAGGAAUUAUACCAGUUUGAUCGAGCAAACGCUCCUGCUCCACAUCCCAGGACUAUUCAGCGAUAUCUAAAAGCUAAUUCAGAACAUACUGAAGAAGGGCGCUUAAUGAUUAGUGAGCUGAAGCGGUACCUGCAACGCAAUGGAUAUCCAAUGAAUGUAUGCUGGAGCGAGGAUGCCACCAGAAUAUCUGGUGGUGUUGAAUAUAAAUCCAUUAGUGAUACGCUCACAGGUUUAGUGGCACCGUUAGAUGAACAUGGUAUGCCACAUACUAAGGCAUUUAAAUGUUCAUCUCCAUCGAUGGUGAUAAGUCAUCUAAAAAAUAAUCCAAUUGGCCGCAAUGUGCAACUAUGCAUGGUACAGCCACUGGCAGAAAAUGCAGCUCCGUUUUGUGUGCAAUAUUUUUGUACAGACAAUAAAUUUUCCUCGAACGAUGUUUACCGAAAGUGGACAUACAUUAAGGAUGAAUUUUGUAAAGCUGGUAUACGCAUUGCGUGCAAAGCCACGGAUGGAGAUACUCGCUUCAUUGGGGCUAUGUUGAGAAAAAUGAAAUUACCCUUAGCAAAGGAAAACGUCUUCGGUAAUUGGUUUAUUGCGGCUUUAGAUUUAGAAGAGAUAUGCGUACAGGAUCCAACUCACCUUGCAAACAAAUUUCGUGUCAGGCUUAUGAAACAGGAUAAGCAAAUGAUAUUGGGCAAUUACCGUAUUUCUAAAUUACACCUUGAAGAACUCAUAAACAACGUUUCAAAAGACCAACAUGGGUUAAACUACAGUGACAUUAACGAAAAAGAUAAAAUGAAGUUCCGCCCUGUAGAAAAAAUUACCUCAGCAGCAACAAUUGAAUGCAUGAGACAAAAUAUUGUCGGGUCUGAUGCAACAGUCGAGUUUUUGAAAAUUAUUUCUUAUGUUAUAUCAUCAUUCAUGUACGAGUCUUUGACUGUACAGGAACGCAUAUUUAGAAUAUGGUACGCUCUAUUCAUAACUCGUUCUUGGCGUAACUGGAGUAUUAAAAAUUUCAACACCAUUCAGCAAUGUAUAACGACAAAUACAUACUGGGGAUUAGAGGUCAAUGCCCAUGCUCUGAUUUUAUAUGUAAUCCUCUGUCGUGAUUUUGGAGUAUAUUUCGAUAUAAGGAAGUUACAUAGUCAGACAUGUGAAGGAAUUUUUAGGGACGCUCGCGCUUUUACGUCAACUGAAUCCACAGUCGUGAAUUUUACGAUACAAGGCUUUGAAUCCAGGCUCAACAAAAUACAAACCAAGAGAGACAUUAUGCACAGGGAAAAUCAUAUUCACUUUCCCCGGUUUCGUUCAUCAGAACCAGCCAGAGAUAACAUUUUACCUGAUAACUUCAACAUAUCAAGCACUGUAGAAAAGGCCAAAAAUCAUGCUUUUAUUUCUUUGCGGAAAUUAGGACUUAAAGACACGGAAAUAUCCUUCGAACAAAGUAUUUUUCUAAAAAAACCCAAAGACAAACCAAGCUGCGAAUGUGGUAGUUUUGAAUUUGUAUCCAUACCAGAAGUUCCUAUGAACGUAGAAAUUUACGAUGCCGUUGACUUAUUUCCAAAUGUUGGUAAUGAACUAAAGCUAAAGAAUUCUGUCAAUUUCAAAAAUGUUUUUAAAAUUCGAAAUCAGUCAAACAAAAUAGUAUACGUAAAAAAGAAAACCUUUAUAUGGAUGUUAACUUCAGGACAACAAAAGUGUUCAACUGACAGAGUACAUCGGUUUCGGGAUACUGCAAUUGCUACAAAUGACCGAAAAAAACGGAGCGCGAAUGAAAUAUUUGCAGAUAUUAUGAUAGGAGAGUUUAUCCUGUUAAAAACGAAUGGCCGAUUGAUGAUUUGUAAGGUAUAUGGCUUUAAUUUUCUUAACGGCGAGAGUUGUUCAUUGGAAAGCAUGCCUGUGCAUGUCCCCAGAAACGUUCGUCCAAAAGGAGUGGCCUUACAGGGAAGCUUAUUUAUAGUAAACGACCGCCAUGGCGAUUUCACAUUAGAGCUAGUCGAUAAUAUUCACUCAGUUGAUAUCCAAAGCUACAAGUCACAUUUGGUAAAACCUUUUACAAAAUCAUCCGAACUUUUCUACAGUCAGAGCACUAUCAAUUAUAUAGAUACGUUCAGAUGA